AGAGAGAGAGAGAGAGAGAGAGAGAGAGAGAGAGAGAGAGAGAGAGAGAGAGAGAGAGAGAGAGAGAGAGAGAGAGAGAGAGAGAGAGAGAGAGAGAGAGAGAGAGAGAGAGCAGGGAGGGAUGGUCGAGUCCACAUCCUCCCCAUAAGCUGACUGUCCUCCUGGUCCGCAUCGCCUCGCCGUCGGAGCGGUGAACGUCUGCUUCCCCUUUCAGCGAUGACACAGAGAAGUCGCGUCCCGCCCUCUGUCCGCCGCGCUGUUUCGUCUCCGUCGUGUUUUCAGCAAGGACUCAGCAUCAUGGCUACAUUAUAAUAUAAAGUAACCGUGUCAACACUGCCUUUCUGACAUAAUCUCAUUAGAUCGCCCACUCACCUCACCAUGAUGGAGUACUGGAGACAGUGCGCUGUGUGGUUGAUCCACUGCAAGGUGUUGCCCGCCACCCACCGGGUCACCUGGGAGUCCGCACAGGUCUUCGACCUGGCCCAGACCCUCCGAGAUGGGGUCCUCCUGUGCCAGCUUCUCAACAACCUCCGACCCCAUUCCAUCAACCUGAAGGAGAUCAACCUACGGCCACAGAUGUCACAGUUCCUGUGCCUGAAGAACAUCAGGACGUUCCUAGCGGCGUGCAGUGACAUAUUUGCCAUGAAGAAAAGUGAUCUCUUCGAGGCUUUUGACCUUUUUGACGUCAGGGACUUUGGAAAGGUUAUGGAUGCACUAUCCAAACUGUCCCAUAAAGGAGCUACACUGCAAAAUGGAAUCAGGCCGUUUCCAACAGAGGAGAGUGUUGAGGACCAGGACAUCUACAACCAUCUGGAGGACCUCAUAGAUAAGAACGGCGUGGAGGAUGAAGAGGACCUCUAUGAUUGUGUUUAAGAGAGGAUGAGGAAGGAGGGGACAUCUACGAGGACCUGAUGAAGACGAAUGUCAUCCUCCGCCGGUCAGCCUCCCCCUCAUCCUCUUCUUCAUUUGAAGAAGAGGAUUAUAACAUGUUGUAACAUUAACAAGGCAGCACUUCCCACUGUUCCAC